AUGCAUUAUCAAGAUGAUUCCCCUAAAAAUGCAAAUGGAAAUGGAGAUGACAUGACAUCACAUGAUGAUGAAACCCCAUAUUUUAAAGAUGUUUGGGAUAGUUUAGAAAGAUAUGAAGAAGAAUAUACACCAUCUAAUGAUAUAAUAAAAUAUCACAGCCAUUUACAAAAAAGCUUAUACAACAUUUUGUUUUCCAUUAAAUAUUUCCAUGAUAUAAAUAUUGAUUCACAUUUUUUAAAACUAGUAAAUAAAUAUGUAAAACUAAAACUACAAGGGAAUCAAACAGACGAAAAGGACAUUUCUCGACUAGCAAGGUUCCAUUUAAAAAGCCAAAAAGAAGAUGAUGAUGAGGAUGAAUUAGUAGUCGAUGAAGAAAUUGGCGCAUUCCCUACCAAAUGUCCAAUAUCACAAAUGCCCUUUGAAAACCCUGUUACACAAAGAUUUAGCAAAAAUAGAAAGGCAUGUGUGCACACCUUUGAAAAUUCCUUUAUUCUUAGAUUAAUACAAAAUAAAGACACAAUAGAAUGUCCAAUAGCCGCUUGUAAAAAAAAAGUCUAUAGAAAUAGCUUGCACCCCGAUUAUGAGCUUCUUCAUCACUCAAGGUUUAUGAAGUUUAGAGAUAAUAUCACAGAAGCAAAAGAAUAUUUCGUAAAGCUUCGGAAUGAUGAGGAUAAAGGUUUCAAUUUUGUGGAAUAA